AUGGCCAGGCAGGGCUGGGUUGGGCUGGGGCUGGUUUGCUGGGCCCUCCUGUGUGCUCCUGUGGCCCCCCAGCCUGGCUCCCCAGUUCCUGGUGCUUUUCUUACCACCUUGGCCCCACGCCCUCAGAGUGAGGCCUCCAUGCUGUCUCUCAACCUGGGCCUCAACUUUAAGUUCCAUGUUCGGGGACCUGGAUCUGCCUGGGGAGGAGUUGCCACAGACACCCAGCCUCGACUCCAAAUCCUGGACCAGGGGCCUGAUGACUCGGUCAGUGGGCUGAGAACUGACUUUCUCUCUGGGUUGGUGAUGAGUUCCCCAGAGUGGGGGUCUGCUGAGGGCAGUGCUGUCUCCAGUACCUCCACCCUGCCUUUGCAGUCCACCUCUCCCAACUCAGGGCCCAAAGAUGGGCUUCCUCUCCUGAGCACGAUAUCCGUGGACACUACCUUCCAAGCCACAGCCCCACCACCCAGCACCCCAUGGCCCCACAAGGGUGAAUUGGAGCUGAAGUUUGAUGUGGCGCUGAAAGCAGGGGCAGCACCUACCCUUGGGCACAAGAUGUUGCCCUUGCUACCUAGCCUUCGGGCCAGCCUGGCAGAGAUAGCAGGCCGCCUGGGUCCCUUUGGAUUCUUUGGCACGACCCUGUCCUCCCAGCCUUUGGAGGAUAACCUCACUAAUAGCACCGUGGGCCCAGGCUCCUCUCCAGGCAAUGAUUCAGCGGGGAGUGAACCUCCAGAUAUCACUCCCACCCCAAAUGACCCUUCUCCAACCAGCCUGAGGACCUCAUCAGCACAGCCAGAGUGUGGGUCAGAAGCCUGUGGCACCAUGGACCUGCCUGAACCUGAGGAUCUCCCUCCACUGGCUCCAUUACCCCCAAUUUUUCUGAACCUAGAGGCUGACUGGGCCUCUGCCCGAGCCCGGUGGGGGCUGGCAUGGGAGGCCCAUGUGUAUGGGGUGGGUGCGCUCUUUGGGCUGGUGGCCUUGUUGGCCCUGCUGAGUCUGGCUCUCCUGCCUUGGCGUUGCCCACCAGGAGCCCCUUGUUUAGCUCUACUCAAUUUACUUCUGCUCUCGGCUGGAGCUGCCCGGGCCUUCCCUCUUUUUUAUGAUGCCUAUGGGCACAGAGAGAGGUUGCCUGCACUGGUCCGUCUGCUCCUGCAUGACUUGUCUCUGCCCUGCCUAUCUGCCUGUCUGGGGCUGGCCUGCCUGCUGCUGGCCCGCCCCCAGCCGCCCCGCUGCCCUGGGGGCCUGGCCACCCUGCUCCUCCUGGUGCUGGGCCUCUCUGUGGGGGCCACUAUGGCUGGAGCCAUCUCAAGGCCCCUUUUCCCCCUUCUGCUAGCCUCCAGGGGCCUUGCUGCUCUCUUGGCAUCCCUUUUCUCAGGACUCUUACUAGCUCUCUCCUGCUGGAGGAGCCGACGGAGGCCAGGGGUCCCUCUGGGGGGUGCUGGUCUCAAGGGUCCCACCCCAACUCCACUGACUCAGGGCCCCUUUGCCCUGCCUCAGUCAUGGCAAUGGGCAGCACGUACAGCCCCGGUGGCAGGGGCCUUUGGCCUGCUAAGUGGGGGACUCCAGGGCUAUAUGGUGUUGUACACUCUGGGCUAUGGAGGCCAGCUGGGCCUGGCAGGGCCCUGGCCCUGGUGGGCUUUCCAGCUGGGUUUGCGGCUGGGUGAGGUUGGUGUGGCUCUACCAUUAGCCUUGUUGGGGCUUUACCCAGUGCUCUGCAGCCCUCGGCUUUCCCAGAGAUGCUGGGCCAAGCUGUUCCGUUUGUCCCCAGGUCACGGGGCCCCACUGCUGCCAUCAGGCUGGGAAUCAGGGCCCCAAAACAAGGUGCCCCCAGGAAACGCCAUUGAACAGGGUGAGGCUGAGCUGUUGCCUCUGUGUGCCCUGACUGGGCCAGGUCCUGACCUUCUCCUCCCAGGCAGUGGCCACCUGGGCAUUGAGGGGGUGGCUGCCAACACAGCCCCCUCAGCAGCUUCUUCCCCAGGCACCGGCAGUGAUUGCACUGUGGACUUCUGCCCCCCCUCCCCCAUCGACCUGCACCGGAGCAUUGCGGAGGCCCUCUGCAGUGAGGUCCUAAUCACUCCAAGCUUUUUCCAGGGUCCUGUCUUUAGGGAGACCCUGCCAGGGCCUAGCCUCACUGGAACCACCUCCAGUGAGGAUAGUUCUGGGACGGGGCCAAAUGUCGUCAAUGGGCAAGAGCCAACCUCCCCAGCCCCUGUGCUUCCCUCCCCUGGGGCCUGGCUGGUGGGUAGCAGCGCCUCCUCGGGCUCUCUGUAUGGACUCUCCAGGGACAGCUCAUCCAUGCUGCUCUGCUCCAGCCCAGAGAAGCCCCCUCGAUCUUCUUUGGCAGGAAUCUGCAGCACCCCCCGACCUUCAGGGAGUAGCUCCAGUCCCCCUGCCCCUGGGUGCUAUAGGGCACUAUCCCUGCCCUCCUGCAAUUCUCCAGAAAGAUCAAAGCUGGCCAGGGAAGAAGCCCUGCUCCAGGAGCAGUUCCUGGAUGCUUGCCGACAGAUUGAUGAGCUCAGCAUCAGCAGUGAAACCAUAGAUCUGUGAGAGGCCAGGCGGGCAGUUCCUUUGCUGUCCUCUUUCUGCCCUGUUCCUCCAGGCACCUGCACUGCCCAUGACCUGUACACUGUAACCCUUCCCCAAUCCUGCCUGGCUCAAACACCCCUUCCGUCCCCUGGGGAUAAGUGGGUUGGGGCUUAAUACCAUGAAUGGGGCCUACCAGAGGAAGGCACCAGAAUGGCCUCUCCUCUGCAGCCCCGGGCACUGAUGCCUAAUGCCCACCCUAUGGGCAACUGCAGCCUGGCAGAGUCUGACUCUCCUUGGAUUCACCAGCAAUAAAGUUCCAAGGUGCUCCAUUCCUUUUGACAACCCUGGGUUCCACUCAGGGUGGUAAGUGUGGUGGUAGGGGGCUGCUCUCUCAGAACCCCUAUGUCAGUUGUUACCCCCACUUCUGCCUUCCCAGGGAUUCCAUAGCUUGUGUGUGUGUGUGUGACAUGGGUCCCACCUCUUUCCUGCCCUUCCUUCCCCCAUGGAUGGUACUGUUGACCCAUCGG